AUGGGGCGUCCAUCUUCAUCUGAGGCAGUAACCUCGACGAUGAGCUCUUCCUUUGUACAGGUGCCGAAGAAGAAUGAGCACUCAGCCGCCUUCUCAGCACCGAGAACUUGGUUCGGCAGCACCGUAAUGCCACCCAAGGAUCAUGCGAAGCCCGAGGCGUCGACAUGGCGGUCGACUGGUAUAGAGCUGCAUAGAGUUUUCUGCUUCUUCGACGAGGACUGUGAUGGAAAGAUCUCCGCGACGGAGCUCCAGAGCUGCAUGCGGGCCAUGGGCGAGGAGUUGUCUCACGAGGACGCAGUGGCGGUGGUGGAGUCCAUCGACAGUGACGGCGAUGGCUUGCUGGGGUUCGACGACAUCGUGAGGCUGGUGGACGGGGAGGGGGAGAACGAGAAGGAGCAGAACAUGAGGGAGGCCUUCCGGAUGUACGAGAUGGAGGGAGAAGGAUGCAUCACGCCAAAAAGCCUCCGUAGUGCACUUGAGCGGCUGGGGGAGUCGAAGAGCAUGGAGGAGUGCCGGAACAUGAUCCGGCGGUUUGAUACCAACGACGAUGGUGUCAUCAGCUUCGAUGAGUUCAGGAUCAUGAUGCUGUAGACAAUUGUCUAUACCUUUGAUUCAUAUGCAUAAAUGAAUAAGAAAUCAUCAAUCAGAGACUUAUGAGCCACGGGAACAUCGAGAGUCAGAGUUGGAGAUCGAUAGUCCUAACUUUUUUUGGCACCUAUCAUGUGUUUGUUCUUGGGAGUAUACGUACUCGUUUCCGCUUA